GCUUCUUAACAUAUACAUUCCAUCAUUUCGUGGCCUGGUUAAACAAAGAAAUAAUUAAUGUAAAAUUUUAUGGCCUUUAGUCAACCUAACCAUAACUCUAGCUUUAAAGCUGUAAUUAGAGCUAAUUGCUAUACUAUAUAAUAUCUGGAGGAUAUCUCCUUCACAUUAUAUCUACCACUGCUUAAGAUGAAUGGAAAAUAUAUGGUAAAGGUUUCUAAAUUAUUUGGAGUGGUUGUUUUAAUAUGGAUAAGUGUAUCACUAUGGAGAUCAUAUAAAAACAAUUACAUCAGUAAACAACAAUUGAUGGAACAAUUAAAAAGAAAGACCUCAUUCAUUUCAAACAAAGACAGGAAUAAGAUACAUCUAAACCAACAAAUAAACAGUAAUAACCAAGAUAUAAACAGCACACAGAAACAAGAAACAUUCCAGUAUGUUUGUGACAAAACUGGUACUUUUAAUGGCUAUGAAAAAACUAACCGUGUUGAAGAUUUGGUUAUUUAUAGUGAAAUGCCGAAAUGUGGUAGUGGUACCUUAGUGGACAUCUUCCAACAAACAGCCCGCCGGGCUACUAGGAAACAUUUACCAACAUACCACACAGGCUACACAUACCCAGUACCCCAUGAAGAGCUCUACCAAUGGAACAAAAGGUUAAAUUAUGCAAAUGGAAUAUUUGAGGAAACACCACCCUAUUUAUUUUUAGGCCACCUACGAUUUUUAGAUUUUAAAGAGGUAGGGCAUAAACAGCCAGUCUUCAUAGAUCUUGUGAGGGACCCAAUAAACAGAACAAUUUCUGCAUACCAUUAUGGAAGAAAACCACAAUUCAAUGAAAGAGCAAAUAUGACAAAAGCAGAAACUAAAAUGUCUAUGGAUGAGUGUUUUGAACGUUUGCUGAAUGAGACUGGUUGCGUUGGAGCAAGAGACCUGAAUAAAUGUUUGCAUGGGAAGAAGUUGACAGCUUGUAAGUCCUCAGGAAUCGUGGAGCGCAUGACCACUUGGUUUUCUGGAUAUGGGUCGGAGGUGUCUGUCAACAAAGCAAAGUCUAAUAUAGACAAGUACUACCUCAUAAUAGGAGUAACUGAAUACUACACAGAGAGUCUAGUUGCAUUUGGAACUCUCAUACCCCCUGUCUUCAAUAUGAACCCAACCACACUGGUGGAGACUUACAAGACUAUCAGUAACAGGAAUGUAGGGAGGAAUGUGAAACAGCCAAGUGCAAAGACUAAAGCAAUCUUGAGGAAUAUUCUGUCAGAGGAAUAUGAACUCUAUCAGUUUAUACUACAGAGGUUCUUGAAACAAAUGAAAUGUAUGGAAAUACCUCUCAGAUCUGGGAAAUGACACUGUCUCACUAUAAGUUUUAAUUUUAAAAUACAUAUAUACUGUAAAUGAAAAUUUCGUUCUUUUUAACUUGAGUUUAUAGAAUAUGGGAAAAUAAUACACCAUGUAGUAGGUUAAGUCAUCAAUUAAUCAAACUCUCCCAGGUAAACCACUGGAUGAUAUCUGCCUUGCAAGUUGGAUAUCAAAUUUAUCUACUCUUGAAUAUCAUUACGAUAUGCAUUUUCAUGUAUAACCCUUAACUCCUUGUUCUUAAUUAG